CCGCGUGUCACCUUAUGAUUCUGAUGAUUGAAUCAAUCAUCAUGACGGACAAGAGUGCGUUGCCAUGGUUGAUACGAUCCUCCACCCAACACGUAAGCCCCAUUGGUCAGCAUCAAUGGGGACUUGCACAUGGACACACACAUUCCCAAACACACACGUCGUUGCCCCUCCCCAGCCCAGCUGACCUCGCCCUCACAAGCAGCAGCGGCAGAAAAAAGGAAAGGCCCAUCUAUCCAUCCAUCCAACCACACUCACACACCAACACCACCCCACGCACUCACCCAUUGGCUCGCUAUGGUAUGUUGAGGAUCCUGCGGACCUCAGCUUUGAGUGCAAGAUUGAGUCCGAGUGCGCUCCGCUCCUUGAGCGCCAGCACCCACCGCCUCUCCGCCGACCCCUCGGGCAAAUCGGACUCGUUCAGAAAGCGACGCAGCACCGAACCCGAAAUCUUCGCCUGCACACACAGAAACGUAUACGCACAGACGACCGUCGCUGUGGGGGGGGGAACCUGUCUGAUCUUCUCGGAGAGGGCGGCUGCUGCAGGUGAGCCCUGCUGCAGCCGGGCAGCCAGCUCGUCGACCGUCAGGCGGUCGGCGGCCUCGGUGGCCUCGGUGGCCAGCUGCUGAUACACGCUAUCAUCAGCAUCAGCAACAGAGACGCCCCCGUGUGUGUCUGCCUCGUCCGUGAGUUUCUUGAUGAAGAGCUGCAGCCCGAGGAAGCAGCCGUCGGUGACUCUGAAGCUGCGCCUGAAUUCGGUAGUAGUGCCAGUGCUCUGUGCGUCGGGCGGGUCUUUGGUGAGGUCGAGCAGCUCGCCGAGGCUCUUGAAGUCCUCCAAGCAAAUCUGCCACACACAGAGACACACACAGUGGACGGAUGGGCGUGUAUGUGUAUGUGUAUGUAGCUUACCAAUUCGAGUUUGGCGGCGAGUUGCUGCAGCUCCGACUGCGGUGCCCUCUGCUUCGACAGUGCUACAAACUGAGCCCUCGUGACGUCAGCUACUGCUACGCGGCCAGCCAUACCCAUACCCACACCCUGCCCUCCCCCCUCCCCCUCCCCAUCGCCAGCCGCCUUGCCGCCCGCAUUGCCAUCGCCGCCACUGGGGUGCUGGUGGGCAUGGAGGUGGACGCCUUGAGCGGAUGGGAGAUCGUCGUGUUUGUUGCCUCGGCUGCUGGGCGGCUGCUCGACGGCCAUCUCGACCAUCGGUGGCGCGGCGGCUGCCGCUGCCGCUGGGGCAUCCUCUAUCUGCUGGUCGUCACCCCUCCCCUCCCCCUGGAGCUGAUGUGGCUGGUGGCGCUGUGGCUGGUCCUCGUCGACCACGAGUGGCUCUGAGUCUGCGGGCACCAGCCCCAUCGUGGGCAUGAGCACGCCAUCGCACUGACCGCCACCAUCAUCACCACUACCAGCAGCAGCAGCAUCGUCCAUGUGUUGGUCGUCAUCUGCCCUGCCACUGCCCCCCUGCGGCCCCCGUGCUGGCGAUGGUGGCUCUUGCUUGACAACCCUCUCCUCCUUGACAGCACACUCCUGCUUGACGCCACCCACGCCUCCCUGCCGCCCGUCGCCGCUUUUGCUGCCGUCGUCUGUGCCCUUCGACUCGCCAUCCUCCUCGUCGAUCUUGCCCGUCGCUGCCACAAAAGCCGCAGUGAUAUCGAGUACGUCUCGCUCUUGGUCUCCCUCAGGUGCGUCGGCUGCGGGCAGCGGUGGGGGCGGGUGCAGGGGGGCCGGUGCUGGGUGCAUUGGCUGGCCCAUCAGGGCAUCUGAUGGCUGAGGUUGGGUGGCGCCCUGUGCAGCUGACGCCGCCUGCGCCGUCAGGUCGUCCCUGUAUCUGGCGGCGUCCAUGACGGCCUGCAGCACGUGGGCAUAUGUGCUGCCCCUGACCUCGAAUGGCCGGUCCCCGUACGCCCCCACUCCCUUGACGAUGAUGGCCACCGUGCCGGAUGCCGACUUCUUCUGAAGCUUGACGCCCUCUAGGUCGUGCUUGAGCAUGUCCGUGGCGACGCUGCGCGUGCAGCUCAGCAGCUGGUCAUAGUCGAGGGGCUGGUGGGGGGUCAGCUGCCACUUGGGUGAGUCUGUGGGUGCUGGUACUGGGUGCACUGGCUGGUCGAUCACGGCACCGGCUGAUGGCUCGGGGGGCCGAGGGUGGCUGGAGUGGAUUGGUUGCAUGGGGCAAAGGCGGGGGCGACGGAGAAAAGAACGGUUGGCGAUCGGCAGCAGCUGGCGUCGCAAUGCGCCUGACCUCCGUGAUGGCCUGCUGGACGUGGCUGUAUGUGUCGCCCAUGACCUCGACCACAGUCAGACUCGGUCGGCCUGGCAGUGCCUUGAUGGCGAUGGACGGCCUGCCGGAGACGGCAUGCUUGCACACUUUCAUGCCGAAGAUGCCGAACUUGAGCGCGCCCUCGACACACUGAUUCAGAUAGCUCAGUAGUUGCUCGUGGCCGAGGCGCUUGUCAGGCUCCAGGUGCCACUGCGGCGGGCCCGGUGCUGGUGGUGGGGGUGGUGCUGGCUGCAUUGGCUGGUCCACUGGGGGUGAAUUGGCGCCGUUGGGCAGACGGGGCGGCAACAGAGGGACGAGCGGAUGCGCAACGGGCAGAAGGGGGGGCUGCCUCUGUGGCGAGUGCAGCCUGUCGGGGGGCCUGUUGCCCUUGCCGCCCUCGCCAUCUGCCCCCUUGCCUCCCUGACCCCCCCGACUACCUCGCCGCCUUGUGUCAGAGAGUAUGCGCCUGCCCUUGUUAUCUUCGACUGUCGUCCUGUGGGUGCUCUGCUGGUACAGCCCCACUGGUCCCCCGCAGUCCACCAGCUUCUUCACCUUCUUGGUCACACCCCCAAAGUGCCAUGAGGGGUCCCUGGGGCCGCGCGAUGCCUCUGCGGAGAGGUAGUACCCGCCACCGUGACCGUCGGGGUAGGGCCCCAUGGUGAGUGUGACGCACUCGGGAGUGCUGAUCUCGAAUGACGUCUUGUCAGCCAGGCCUUGGAAUAUGCCGCCAAGGCAGUCGCCGCGCUUCUCGCAGUAGGUGCGAAACUUCUCCUCACAGUCAGCCACAAUCUCUACACACACACACAGACAAACAGAUUGACCGUAGGGAUUGAACCACACCCCCUCCUGCUUACCACUAUCCGGUCGCUUGGCCCAUGGACGGGCAGCAGUAGCAGAAGCAGACGCAGCAGACGCAGCGGCUGGCGAUGCCUCCAUCGAGCUGGCCAAGUCGUUCUCUAAGUCGACGACCAUGCGUAUCUUGUCACACGUGUCAUGCGCUGUCUGGCGGGGCGCAUUGCGGCGACCGAACGACGGAGGGCUGCCAGACAGACGCCGCUUGGACCGACGAAGACCACCAUUCCCCUCCUGCUGCUGCUGCUGCUGCUGGUGCUGCUGGUGGGCUGGUGUGUCCUCGACGUCGAUCUGCUCCUCGGGCGGCCAGUCGUAUUCCUCUACGACAUCGAGCAGCCCUUCACACGGCUGUAGCCCGCCGACCAGACACGACUCGUCCUUCAACCCCUUCAGCCUGGAUGGAGCGACACACAUCACAUCACAUCACAUCACUCACAACUCAUCCAGCCAUCCAUCCAUCCAUCCAUAACCCAUGCCUCUCUCUGUUUCUUGCCGUGUUCGUUCACCUACCGAGCAUUUCUAUAGUGGAUGGCUUCCACCAGCGCCUCCCGCACCCCGUGGCUCUGCGCACAGCUGAAGUCCUCCACCUCCACGCGGCACCCAUCUGACACUGCUUGCAUGGCAGCAAACGCAUUCAUGUGAAUGCCUGAAUGGCUUCUCUUCUUUCUGGGCAGCGCGACACGCCAGGCCACCAAGCGGUCCCCAUGGUAACACGGCUCGAUGCACAGCGGACCGCUGACCCUCUCACGCAGCAGGCUCACGAUCGGGUGGAUGGGCGGCUGGGCGGCUGGGGCGAGGGGGAGGGGGAGGGCUGGUUGUGGCCAUGGUGGGUGUGGUUGCCAGCGGUGGUGCCCUUCUGGUCUGGUGGGUUGCUCGGACUCCCAGACACCUAGAGGCAACGGCACAUAGGUGUCCGGCACGAGUCCAUUCUCCGUGUCAGUCAUGUGUUCCUUGACGCACCUGAGAGUCCCUUGUGCCGCUGUUGGCCGCCGGCUGUCUGCUAGCUGCUACUCCGACCGACAUGUGGGCCAUCUGCUGCUGCUGCUGCUGCUGCUGGUGCUGCAGCCGGGCUGUGCGAGCAGUGAGUGCAUUGUCGAGGGCCUUCUGGAUGGCUGCAAGCGUCCUGCCGUCAACUGGGUAAUUCUCUGGCAACCCCUGCAGGCAACACAUACACACACACACACACACACAGGUGUGAGUCAGGCCAUCCAUCCAUCCAUCCAUCCAUGCCAUUCAUUCCCACUUACCUGACAGGCGAAGGCUAUCUGUCCCUCUCUCCCCUUCUGCCGCACCUCUACGGGCCAUUGCUGCCACGAGCUUCUCGCCGAGAGCCUCUCAGCCUGACGCAGCAAGUUCUGGGCUGCGAUGAGGAGGUCGCUUCGUGAGAGCUCCUCGUGAUCUGGCUGGCCGCCGAUGGCCGCCAUGCUUUGGGGAUCUGACAGAGGGGAGAGCACAGAGGCCAUUCACAGCGCCAUGAUGCGGUGUGAACGAGUCACGCAGGAGUGGAUGGAUUACCUUCAAAUGGGCAGAAUGCACUCACGGCUGGCGAUGUUGUUGAGCUUGCCCGCACCACAGGCAUGCAUU